AUGCCGUGUAGUGAAGAACAAAAGAAAAUAAAAGAAGCAGGGCAGGAGUUCUUUAAUUCCGAAGGAUAUAAAAAAGGAGAAUAUACCGAAGAAGAUUAUAAAAAUCUACUUAUUUAUUGUGAAAAUGACGUCCGAAUACAAAAGGAAAAUGUGGACCGAAUUAACCAACAAAUAAAGGAUGCUAUUAAAAAAGCAAAAGGUAAAGAACUUUCCGCCCGAAGCAUGAUUUAUAAAAAGGGAACGCAAGCUGGUUUAGCGUUGUAUACCCUUCGAAGUUUGAUUCCGGAGUUUAAUCAUUAUUUUCCUAAUUUCAGUGAUCCUAAAUUUGAUGAUCGGCGGGAAUUUGUCCAAAAAUGCUAUCAAGGCGGGACUUCAAUGUUUCCAGGAGAAAUGCGUAAUAAUCCCAUGCCAAUAGGCAUUGAUACUGGAUUUUAUGAAAUUCAUGUUGAGAGUUUAGAAUUAAAUAAGAAACUUAGCAGAAUUCCUCUUAUUGAAUUAUUUGGCGAAGAAGGGGUUAAAAAAGGCUGA